GCGGCGGCGGCGGCGUUGGCAAGAAGCACGGGCUCUCCAUGAGCAAGCGGCGGCGACGGGUGCGGCGGCACCGGCAGUUUUCGGUCCCCGGGGAGGAUGAAGACACUGUUUGAAGAGAUCAAAGCAUCAAUUAAAAAUAACUAUAACCAAGAUCGCUCAUUUUGGAGGCCUGUUCUUCCUUGGGGAGGUGUUUUCACUAUCAAAGCUGGCCGCAAAGCAGUAUCCUGUACACCACUCUAUGUUGAAAUCAGACUGAAAAAUACCUGCACCAUAGAUGGAUUCCUGAUGUUGUUAUAUGUUAUUCUUAAUGAAAAUGAAAAUUUUCCCAGGGAACUCUCACUUCACUUAGGUAGAGAGUUUGUAGACUGUUUUCUUUAUUUAAUGGACACCUACAGUUUUACAACUGUGAAGCUACUUUGGAUUUGGGACAAGAUGGAAAAACAGCAAUAUAAAUCUGAAGUUCAUAAAGCUUCAUUAAUUAUUGAUUUAUUUGGGAAUGAGCAUGAUAAUUUUACAAAAAAUCUUGAAAAUCUCAUGUCUACCAUGCAAGAGAGUUACUGUUCCAACUGGCGAUGCCCAACUCGUGUGCAGGAAGAUCAGCAGCGCACAAUUAAUAUAAAUCCUCCUCAAGAAAUUCCACAUGGAAACUUGAUACGACUGGCUAUGGAUGAGUUAUUCUGUUCUAGGAUUGAACUGUGUGAAGAGCAGGGAUGUGGUGGCUUAAGAGAGUUUUCCCAGCGAGUUUUCUGCCAUGGAGCACCACCUUUUGUUGUCUUAAAUAUGCAGCAUUGGAAAUCUGAAGAUUUGGCAUAUGUACCCUAUAACUUAGAUUUAUCUGAUCACAAGUAUUUGUUGGAAGGUGCCACAUUAUUUAACAAAGAGGAACAUCAUUAUUCUGCAGCUUUCCAGAUUGACGGACAUUGGAUGCACUAUGAUGGACUCAGAAAUGUGAAUUUAAUUUUGUUAAAUAAACCCCCAGAGUUUCUCCUCUUGUCAUCAUUGGUUUAUAUUCGAGCAACAGAAAAAUAAAUAUAGACAUAUGCUAAAUUAAAUUGUUUUCCCUCCUACCCAUUUCCCCAGGUGAAGGGCUUUUAUUUGAUAUAAACUUG